AUGAAAUAUAUUUGUGUAUACUGGCUUUCAAAAUCAGUUUUUGGUCGUUUUGUGAUUAUUAAUGUUAUGUGUAUUCUAUUGAAGUUUAUUAUUGUUUACUUAGUUGUUUUAGACUCCUAUAGCUAUACCGCAGCUUACAAUUAUUUCUGCGGCAACGAUGAUUGGUGUGAGAAAGGAAAGCAUAUAAUGUGUGAUCCAUCGGCAAUUGAAAACAUAGGUAAAUUUAAACGACAUAUGCCAUCGACUUUUAAAAUUAGAAAUAUGUUUUUGGAGCUUCACAACCAGCUUCGUAAUGAAGUAGCUGGUCGGGUGAAAGCAACACGCAUGCGAAACCUCAUUUGGGACAGUGAGUUAGCAUACCUGGCUCGUACAUACACUGGUUUAUGCCCAAGCAAGCCGAGCGAAUGUCAUAAAACGGCACGUUUUGAGAAAGUUGGCCUCAAUUCAGCAAUGCAAGAUGGAUUAAAUCGGAUAUCAUUAGACACACUAAUGACGUCUACAUUCAAUAAAUGGAAAAAGGAUGAUUCUACUUUUUACAAAGUGCUCACCCUCGAUCAGGCGUCGCGUGUGGGGUGUGCCAUAGGUUAUUGUGUAGACUGCCCCGAAGGUAAAAAUCAUUGUUAUUUCAUAUCUUGCUAUUAUGAUAUGGAUUAUAAAGAGGGCGUAGAUAUAAAUGAUAAGGGAGAAAAUGCGGCUACGAAAUGUAACGUUUGGGACUCGGUUCAAGACGAAAAAUAUACAAACCUCUGCCGUAACACAGGAAAAAUAUUUUAGAAAAAUACAUGAAGCUUAAUUAAUUUAUGGAAACACGCGUUAAACUUUGAGUUUGGUUUUACGGUCUCAUUAUACUCUACAUUAUUUUAUCAAUAACAGUUAUU